AGAGAGAGAGAGAGAGAGAGAGAGAGAGAGAGAGACUGUACAAGGCAGGAUCACAGGACCCAAGGCUGACUCCAUUCUUUCAUUAACUUCUCAGAAUGGCUUUUCAAUCGCUGUCAUUCUUCUUAACUAACGUGAAUGACGCGAACGGAGAUAAGCAGUGCUGAAUCACCGGAGCUACGAGCCUCCUGUAUUACCGAACCGUUAUUCAAGGGUAGGCUUCCGUUUCCAUGUGAAACACCAGAGCCAUGGUUCUUUUUAAUACAAUUAUCCAUCAGGACAGGAGUACAGUAAGAUCUUAUCACUGUCGACUGGACCUUGCCCUCAUUCAGGUCUAUAAGAUAUCCAGAAGCAGCAGUUCUCUCCCCCUUUUCCUAGAGGCUUUACCUGUUCACCUCCUGCUGUAUGCUACUUCAAGACGGCUAACUUGGACAUAAUCUCAUUUUCUUCAAUCAUUUGAAUUGUAUAAAAUUGACUGACAGCCAGUAGGUCCAGUCAUCUUUGAAGUCAUCCUCCUUUCUACCAAUUUCUUGACAAAAUGGCCACGUAUAGUCCUGCAGAGACACAAGAAUCUUCCCCAGAGGUAACCAAUGGCAACCUGAAGGGAAGUGGCUCUCAGGAGUCAAUGAAACUGAAGAAAGAGAUCUCCCUGAUCAAUGGCGUCUGCCUAAUUGUGGGGAACAUGAUUGGUUCAGGCAUCUUUGUCUCACCUAAGGGUGUGCUGAUUUAUAGUGCUUCCUAUGGCUUAUCACUGAUAGUGUGGACAAUUGGUGGAAUUUUCUCAGUGUUCGGGGCUCUGUGCUAUGCUGAAUUGGGAACUACAAUUACCAAAUCAGGAGCCAGUUAUGCCUACAUCCUGGAAGCGUUUGGAGGGUUCAUGGCCUUUAUUCGUCUGUGGACAUCACUCCUCAUCAUUGAGCCCACCAGUCAGGCUGUGAUAGCUAUCACCUUUUCCAACUACAUGGUGCAGCCUAUCUUCCCUACUUGCAUUGCACCUUAUGUGGCCAAUCGCUUGUUAGCUGCAGCAUGCAUAUGUUUGCUGACCUUUGUGAACUGUGCCUAUGUGAAGUGGGGGACUCGUGUACAGGACUUUUUCACCUAUGCUAAAGUCAUUGCUCUCAUUGCUGUUAUCAUCACAGGCCUGGUCAAGAUAUUCCAAGGCUACACACAGAAUUUCGAGGGGCUGUUUGAAGGCUCAUCACAGGACCCUGGGGAUAUGGCUCUGGCGCUGUACUCAGCUCUGUUCUCUUACUCUGGCUGGGACACUCUCAACUUUGUCACUGAAGAGAUCAAAAACCCUGAGAGGAACCUACCACUGGCCAUUGCCAUCUCCAUGCCCAUCGUCACAGUGAUCUAUAUCUUGACCAAUGUGGCCUACUAUACUGUUCUGCCAAUCCCUGCUAUCCUGGACAGUGAUGCUGUAGCUGUGACAUUUGCAGAUCAAGUAUUUGGUAUAUUUAACUGGACAAUCCCACUUGCUGUUGCGUUGUCCUGCUUCGGAGGAUUAAAUGCAUCUAUCUUGGCUGCCUCGAGGCUGUUCUUCGUGGGCUCCAGAGAGGGCCACCUGCCUGACUACCUGUGCAUGAUUCAUGUUAGCCGUUUCACACCCAUCCCCGCCCUGCUCUUCAAUGGUGCCAUGGCUUUGGUGUACCUGUGCGUGGAGGACAUCUUUAAGCUGAUCAACUACUACAGCUUUAGCUACUGGUUCUUUGUCGGUCUGUCCAUCCUGGGUCAGCUAUACCUACGCUGGAAACAGCCAGACAGACCACGCCCUCUGAAGCUCAGUAUUUUCUACCCGAUCGUUUUCUGCCUCUGCACCGUCUUUCUUGUGGUGGUUCCACUCUACAGUGACACCAUCAACUCUUUGAUUGGCAUCGCAAUCGCCCUAUCAGGAGUCCCUGUCUACUUUCUGUGCUGCUAUACACCAGCCUCCCGUAGACCACUAUGGCUUCGCAAAUUUAUUGCAUUAUCUGGAUUGCUGAUUCAGAAGGUUUGCUUUUGUGUGCUUACUGAGAUGGACACAGAUGAAGGAAAAAUGCAGUAGAAUGGGACAUGACUUUAUGGUACAGAGACUUCCCCAUGAUGUAGCUAAAUGAUUGACAAGUAACACCCAGUUGUUCAUUUCACUGAUGUGACAAGUUUGCAGACUGUUUUAUGCAAAUCCCAUGCAAAGGACUAUUCUUAAAAGAAAUACAUAUUUACUGUGGGGAAAAUAAAUGUUAAUUUCCUAUUACAAAUAGUUUAUGUUGAUAUGUAAAGUUCCAUUUGAUUUCAAGUUCUCAGGAUUCUCAGGAUUUCAUUUCACAUUCUUAUAUCCAUGUCCAUACUCACAGCCGAAAUAAAUCUGUGGAUUUAUAUUUGAAAGUGGGAGAUGAAAAUGAACCCACAAUGAAACAAAAUAGCAGUGAUAACACUACAAUACACAACAUUGUGACAGAUUCCACAUUAACAAAUUAAGAUCAUAUUCUUUAAAGUUGUUUAUAUAUUGAUAUGUUUAAAACACUGCCAAAGAUUUAUCUUCACAAUACUGUAAAUGAUUUAACAGAA